AUGGCGCGAGGGAGGCGGCCGUCAUCGGCGGCGGCAAAGUCGCUCUCAGCAGCGGCGCCGUUGCCGCCGGUGAUGAGGAGGGGACGGAAGUUGCCGGUUGUCACUUCAACGUCCAUCGCUGCGGCGCUUCGCCAGGCCUCUUGCGACGCUGGCGGGAGUGUGCACGGCAAGGCGGCGGCAGAGGAUAAACUGCAGGCCGCGUGCAGGGCAGGCCCGCGAUCGCGUCCGCAAGGCAGUUGCUUACGCCUGCAGCAAUCGACACCGGAAGUCAGCUUUUGGAAAGGACUUUGCCGACCAGCUCUGCUGGCGCAGGCGCUUGCAAGCAUUGGAACCCUCAUUGAGGCGGACUCGGCGCUGCUUUUUGCGAACUCCCAGGUGCGGUACCCGUUUUCAGCCUUGACGGUGCAGCGCGUGGUAACGGCGAUUCAGGCCAUCCUUGAUGCUGCUCAUCUUCUCCGGGCCGCCGGAAGCAAGGACGACGCCGUCCCUCAAAGGUGGGACGUUAUACAGAAGCUGAUUGAACUGGCUGAGGCUGCAGUCCCCAUGAAGGUUUCUCUCCUUGUCAGUUCUACCACUGUAUGCGGGAGCGGUACGGCGUGGCUGCCCCCAACGAGCCUUUGGGCGUUGGAGGGGCGUUUGCGACGGCUGCAGCGUCUGCUGCAGUUGCGUGAGGGUCACCUGCGCAUUAUGUCUACGCUCCGCCUCUGCAAGACGCGGCAUGAGGUGUCAGCCGCUCUCUUUGGCCCCGCGGCGGUUGAGGGUGCCACCAUAGUACCGAUGCCUGGUGUGGCCUCGUGGCACCAAGGGGAGCAAUGCAUGCUUAAGGGCUUGAUGGCGGAGGUGAAUGACGUAAGUCCCUGCAGUGACUCGUGGGGUGCCGCAUCCAUCGCCCCACUUCGCGUCGCCGGUGGCUCCUACGUUCUUCAGAAGCAUUCCCGCGUGAAGACCCUGGCGUGUUUAUUGAGGGUCGCCGAGUUCAUUGGUCUUCCUCCUUUUUUGCGCUCCAUCCGCGUAGCGAAUGCACGGCUGCGUGAGUCCCAGCGGCAGUCGUUCGAGGUGAGAGGAGCCACCGAUAGCUCCUCGCAUAUUCACAAGGAGCACUUGCCGCUUCUUUUCCCGUCACCGGGGGACUUGGACCCGCGGUGCUUUGAGCUCCCGGCUUGCAACCAGGCGCAGCUCGUGCAGGAGGAGCUCAUUAGGUUGGCGGGUCAGCACUGCUGCUUUGGGGUGCUGGUGGGGGAGGCGGACCAGGUGGUGGCGUUGCUGCACGCCAGCGCGGCGUGUCGGCGGCGGCCGCAGAGGCGUUCAGGCAGCGCGCAGACGCCGAUGGUAAAGCUGGAGCGAACAGAGGACGACGGUGGCGACAGGCCCCCGCAGCCGGAGGUGUGGGCGGCGUUGGACGACCACGACCCGCUUUGCGCCGUUGCCCAGUCGCUCCUGCAGGCCGCGAGGCGGGGCGACAGUAAACCCAGCAGGGUGCGCUGGAUGUGCAGCAACCGUUGGAGCCCCACGAUGUGUUACUACGCGUUGGUGAUCGCCGUGGCGCAGCCCCACGACAGCAAUGUUGUGGUGGCGGUAGAAGAAGAAGUUGAAGGGGAAGCAAGUCGAGAAACCGAUGGAAUGCCGCCGUACUACGUCGCCGCAGUUAUGGAACUCACACGCUUUUAG